AUGAUGGACGUCGUGCUGGACCAGACAGAUUUCGACGACAGCAAAUACAAGUCCGAGUUUGUGGAGUACAUUGAGCUGAAGGGCUACGGCAACCUGAGCGCGGAGUUCUUCCCAGGCAAGAAUCCUUGCAACGAGGAGUUCUCAGGGAUGAAGGUGCCGCCGUCGCACAGG